UAGUUUGACCGCUCAUUUCGAAGUGGCGGCUGGCUUGACCGCAGUAGAGGACUGGGCAGGCAGCAAACAAACGUAGUACGGAACAGGCAAGAGGUAAACAAGGCAGGCAGCAAACUGACAGGGUCUAAGUAACAGGCUGGAUCGGUACACAGAAUAACUAGUAAGGGAGUCAGAGAAUAACUUGCUUGGUAAUGUCGCCGGGGCUAACAACACUUCGCAAAGAAGGACUAAACAGGCACGGUUAAAUAGGGUAGGGUAACACAAAACAGCUGGGGAUUAAUCAGACCUAGGUAUGCGGGCAGAAGGGAAAUGUAGUUUAAGUGAUCAGAAUUCGGGUGAAAGCGAUCUCUGACGACUGAGGGAGGAGGCGCCUUCACCGGCGUUCGUGACACACAGCCAUUAGUAAAAUGUGUUGCACAUUCUUUGCCUAUUGCCCAUAUGCCAGCAACUAAAUUAAGAUUUCAAUUUGUUUUUAUAUUAUACAUAUAGAAAAGUAUGAACAUAGUGGUAAUUUGUAGAUGCCACAAAAAACAUUGUGACAACACAGAAUGGGAUUUUGGCUACUACACAAACACAAUUAUUGGGAUAAAGUUAAAUGAUAAAACAGCAAUAUAAUGUUUUUAUUUGUAUUUUUUUUUUUAUCCAUGAUAGAUAUUUUUGGUAUUGUUUGGUUUGGUGUAGUAAAAAAACUAUGACUGAAUGCUUAUAAACAACUCCCUAAUUUGAAUUCCAUUUGCGUUUGCAGAAUGCUAAAUAACCUUGUUGUCAUUGCCGUGCAAGGUCACGCUUUUCUUUUUUGUAAACACACUAUCUGAAGUAUAGCCAACAAGACAAUAGUCCACAAUUUCAUCACUGCCUCUUAAAGAUGUAAAAUUAUUUUCAGUGUGUUAUAAUUUAGCUUUUAUUUGAAUUAUUCUAUUUUAAUUACAGGAGCUAAUUAGUGCAAAUAUUUGCACAUGAAAUGUUGAACUUUGAAAUCACCAGGUAGACUUAAGAUGCAGGCCUAUAAAUUUAUUGCAUGAAACUCAUUUGACCACUGGGUGUUUUGGCAGAGUCUUACAGUGAUGCCAUGCAAAUGAAUCUCUAGACUAGUUUAAAUGACAUGGCCUUGUAACAGUCACUUAGAUUGUCUCACCAUGGAGAAGUUUGGGCUUCUAAGCCUUCUGCUGUUGAUGCUCAAUGCAUCUGCUGAUGAACUCAUACCAGGAUUGGUGAAGGACUUAAUCUAUGUGGAGAAGAAUUUGUCUUGGUAUUUUGCAAGGAAGUAUUGCAAUAAUCUUUAUGGGGAUCUCUUUAGCAUGUCAGAUGAGAAUGAUCUGAAGAAUCUAUCUGGUUCUGCCAAACAGCUGUCAUGGAUCGGACUUUAUAGCUGGUAUCCAUUAUGGAAUUGGAUAGAUGAUACAAGAGCAAAUUAUUUCAACUGGUAUGAACCUGGGGACUGUGCCACAAUAAAUAGGAAUGGAUUUUGGUAUGAAAUGUCAUGUGACAAAAGGAGUGACUUGGUGUGUUAUAGAUUUCCUGAAUCAUUGGUUGUUUUCAUAGGUGGAUGGCCUUGGACUAAUUGUAAAAGAUACUGUCAAGAUAAUUAUGAUGGUUUUCCAAUUAUACGUAAUUUAAAUGACAACACUGACAUAAGUGCUUCGAUACAAGAUUUUGCCUGGAUUGGGCUGACUAAAGUUUCAGAAGGCCCUUUGAAAGAUACCUGGCAGUGGGUGAAUGGUGAGUCCCUCACAUACUCCAACUGGUACAAACCCUUCUUUUGUGCAGUGAUGGACUGGAGAGGCUUCUGGUAUGAUCGUGUUUGUUUUGAGGAACACCAAUUUGUCUGCUUCAGAAAAAUCAAUAGUACUGAAUUCAUGCUGGUGAAUGAGAAUAAAAUCUGGAGUGAAUCUCAAACACACUGCAAACUGUAUAACAUGACACUAGUUAUGGUGAAAACCCAAGAAGAAAUCAAUGCAUUGAUGGGGUAUAUCCAUGGAAUCUACGGAUCCUUUGUGGAUGAUCUUUACUUUUGGAUCGGGUUGUAUAAUGACCCCUGGCAUUGGGUUAACAGCAAUUCAAAAAUUCGAAAUUGGCACAGCAUGCAGCCUGAUCAUAAAGAUUUCAGGAACAACCCCAUGGAAGGAUUCCCAAGUUGUGUAGCAUCAAUGGAUGGUGAAUGGUUUGAUGGACCCUGUACAGAGCCUCUUCCUUUCUUUUGUUUGGCCACAGUGCGCUCCAUGAUCCUGGUAUCAGAACCCAAAUCAUGGGAGGAGGCCUUGGAGCACUGCAGAGGAACAUAUGUGGACUUGGCAAGUCUGGUAUCAGAUGAAGAACAGCAGGUGGCCCAGAGGAAAAUUAAACAUGUCAAGAAUGAUUAUGUAUGGAUUGGACUACGUUUUCUGGCAGGCAGUUGGUUCUGGGUGUAUGGGGAUAGUUUAGAGUAUGAAAACUGGGCAGAUGGUGGACAGCCACAGUGCCCUGUUCCUUAUCGUUGUGGUGCCCUUAAUGUAACAAAUGGGAACUGGGAGGCCAGGCCAUGUGAGGAAAGACUGGACUUUCUCUGUUUCCAGAAGUGACUUUUAUGGAAAAGAUGCAGGGUUCCCACGGUCAUGAAAAACCUAGAAAAACCAGGGAAUGGACCCUUUUCACAUAAAUUCACUAUAGUGGGGGGAAAAAACAAACAAUAGCAGUGAAUAAGAGAGCACAGCAAAUAUUAUUUUUGUGUUCCCAUUUGCCCCAACAGCAAAAGAAAUCCCAUUGCAGAAGUGGUAAAAAUUAAUGAAGGGUAAAAUAACAUGAAGAAUAAUGUUAUAAAUGUUUUGCAAGAUUUACGCUGCUAAUUAAGGUGGAAAUGUGUCAUAUCAUUUUGUAAAAAGGGUCCAUUUUAAAAUUGUGAUUUCCAGGCUGGGAAAAGUCAUGGAAAUGUAUUGAAUUCUAAAAAGUCAUGAAAAUUUCAUGGAAUUUUUAGUCAACGUUACUUUUCAAGUUAUGCACAGCUCUAAACUAUUUAAUUGGCUAGAAACCACAAUUUGUGAGUGCAAUCUCUAUAAAGUGAAUUUUAAAAUCCUUAUACAGUAAUCAUAAAGGACUUAAAAAGUCAUAGAAUAUUAACUGGUCAAAGGGUAUUGGAACCGUGGCAGAGGUAAAGAAAACCUCAAAACUUGCUUAAGUACAGUAACAGGAGAGUUUAAUUAAACGUAGUUCCUUCUUUAGUUGCACAGUUUUUCUGAAAUUUGAUAGCAUCACUCCAAAGAUGGCUAAAACUCUGUAAAGUUACAUUUAUAGGUUGACUAAAAUGUAUAGCUGCUGUUGGACCUUUAAGAACCUUUUGGGAUCUGUCAAUAAGAACAGUUGCCAAUGAAAAUCAGGAAAAAACUAUUCUACAGCAGCUAAUGGAUAAUGGACUGAGAAUUUCAAAGUCAUAGAUAAACAUCCAAGAAAGAAUAUCUUGUAUAAACAAUUGAAGAAUGUCUAAUACCAUUUCAUUUUCCAAAAACAUUUGUAUGACUCCUAAAAUGAAAACACACUUUGCAUUUAAUUGAGAAAACAAAUGUCAUAGACUGGUGUUAAGUCUUUAAAAAUAUA